AGACUGGGCCCCACUUCUUGACACAUGCAAAGAAGCACGAUUUGAAAUAUUCCGGCGACAAAAUACUAGCAGUAUUUUGUAAAAUUGUUUAGUUUUAAAUAGUUAUUAAUGGUGCUUUGCACUUUCUAAAAUGGCUGUUAAUCCUAUGGGGCCGGUAACUCCAUGCAUUGUUGUGCACGGAGGAGCCAGUACUUUGACAUCGACAAGUAUUUUUCCGAUGCUGGUUAAUGGCGUUAAAAAGGCAGCAAGAAUGGGCUACGAAUGUCUGAUGACAGGAGGAGAGCAUGCUGCUGUUGAUGCCGUGGAAGCAGCCAUUAAGGUCAUGGAAGAUGAUUCUAAUUUCAAUGCUGGACAUGGAUCAAAAUUAAACACCAGAGGGGAGGUAGAGAUGGAUGCAAUGAUAAUGGAUGGAAAAGGACUGGAUUAUGAUAAGUCCUUGGUGAUUAUAGAGCCGGUCGAAGAAAUUAAAGGCAAGGCAGUUCAUGAUACGGUAGGUGCAGUAGCUGUUGACAGCUAUGGGAAUGUUGCUUGUGGUACAUCUACUGGAGGUCUGACAGCUGUUCAUCCAGGACGGGUUGGGGACUCUCCUAUUGCAGGUAGUGGUGGAUAUGCAGAUAAUCAAGUUGCUGCUGCAUCAGCUACUGGUAAUGGAGAAUCAAUUUUUAGAGUAAACUUAUCCAGGUAUGCACUUUUCAUGAUUCAAAUUGGGCAAACCCCAGCAGAUGCAGCUGCAGCAGCUCUCAGAUACAUGGAGCAGCAUGUUGGUGGAACUGCUGGCAUUAUCAUUGUAACCCGCGAUGGGGAAUCUGGUGUAGCAUUCAAUUCAGACCACAUGCCAUGGGCUCAAGUCAAGAAUGGUGUCACAAGCUAUGGUCUUCACAAAGGGGAAAUCAAGACAGUGAAAAAGAAGAAAGGAAGGACUGGCCGACUUGAAAGUUUUGUUGAUUCACCAGAAAAAACCUUUGAUGAUAUAUCUCAAGUGUCCUGUAGUACUAAGUCUGCCCAAAUGAAAGAAUCUGAUACCUCUAAUGUUGCAGCAAUAGGGAUGGAUGGUGUUGAUGGUGGUGAUGUGUACGUCAACAUGUAAUUAACAUAGCUUAUUGUUAGGUAUAUUAUAGUUAGGUUUCACAUGACUUGUUUGGUAUGAUAAAUUAUUGCAGCAAGCCUUACAACAGCAGACCAAAACAUGUUUUCAAUAAUGAUAUUUGCUUGCAAAAUUAAAAAAAAAAUGUUUGAAUAGUCAUUGUGUGUCACUAGUAGAACAUUUUCUAGCAAUAUCCUAGUCACAUCUUGCUAUACUAGUCUUGGAUGAGUUUUGAACAAUAGCUACCAAUGAAUGAUGGGUGUGAAAAUAUGUGUUWAUUAUUAUUGCAAGCUCAACAAGCAAUAUUUAGCUUUGAUACAUAAACAUGGCUUGACUGUUUGAAAAAGAGCCAAUUUUAAAACUAGUACUUAAUCAUAGCAUAUUUAUUUUAUUUCUGACCAUAAUAAUGGUUUAUUGACUUUUGAUUGAAGAUUAUAUUUUAAUUAUACACWAUGAGACAAAUUAUAUAAUAGUCCCUGGUAGCGGAGGAAUUUGUAAAAACUGUCUUCUUACAGUACCUUUUUAGARCUACAGUUGUAUAUUCUCUCUCUCUCUGCUGAGUAGUUUAAUCCCCAAUAUCUGCUUAGUUGUAUGCUUUCUCUUAGCAUUUGUAUGAACCUGAAUGGUUUUUCUGAAAUAAAAUGUCUUGCAGUGGGGUGUCUUUAA